AUGCGCCACUCAACUGCAUGCACUGAUGGGGCCUCCCCGGGCGGCUCUCGUGUGAGGAGGCGGCCAGAGGCUUCCACUUGUUGCGAUUUGGAAACUGCGGACCUCACCCGUUGCUUCUGCCGGUGCAGUUUUCAGGGCUUGGACGCGGCGCUUGAAGAGGGAAAUGCAUCGGAGAGUACUGCAGCUGUGAGUUGGGUGUUGCACUACAUUGAAAGGCAAGCCAAGAAAAAUUUGCAGAGGAGAACGAAGCAGAGCCCUCGCGGUGUCCGUAUGCCGGAUGCAUUUGUGUGGGUGUACAUGUCUCGUUUUUCGCCCCCUCCGGUUGUUGACGGCUCCAAGAGCACUAACAAGCAGCUGCAGCAGCGGCGGCAGCAGCAGCAGCCGCAGCCUUCGCAUCUCAAAACAUACUCUUUCAGCAGCUCUCCUACGAGCUGCAAGAACCCGCUGCCCGAGUGGGGUGGCUGA